AUGUCAUCCAUCCUGGCCAGCAGCCACCAUGUAGACGAGGGGAGCGCAGCCAAGGAGGCCAUCUGGCUAGCCGCCACCCGCAGACGGAUUGUGGAACACUGGAUAUGGAGAAGCACGCCGAGAGAUGAGAGGCGGCGGAAGCCGGCGCGAAGAGCGCAACACCGGUGGCUACGGCAGCGACAGGUCAAAGCGGAGAAAGAGGCCUGGGAGCGGACCGCCGAGGAGUACCUCAAGAUCGAGAGGGAGAAGCUCGACCUUAGGCUCGCGCUGGCGCUGCUCUAUGACAAGUCGCUCUUCGUCGGCUGGUUUUAG